ACGACAAUCUCAUGACAAUCUUAUAACAUUAACAAAGUUGAGAUUUGCUGAUUAAUCCCUGACUACCUAGAUACCUCGUAGCUACCUGGUACCAUCUUAAAAACGACAGGGGAAGUCGCAAAAGCUUUGGAUUAAGGUUAUAUAGGUACGAACCCGAUGCCAUCUUGCACCCCGAGUAUAUCAUCUUUCAACCAGAGGGAAUGAAUGUGUACAACAACAUACUCAUCCAACCUACCUACCUACCUAUUUAUAUGAAUUCAUCCAUCUGAAUAAUGAAUUGAUAUAGCUAGCUAUCAUCUCAACAAUACCCUGAUACCACAACACAACCGCAACUUCACAUCCCCUCCUAUCUCUUCCAAAUAAUUCAUUGAUUCACUCCUAUCCUCUCCAAUCAACGACAACACUUCGUACUCAUCUCUCAUCAUGUCCUCAAUCCAAGAACUCGAUUUCGAGAAACUUCCAAUCUCCCCUUCAGAACUCUCACAUGCUGCAACCGAAUUUGACAAGGAAUUCGCACCCAUCGUCUCGCCUCCAGAUACACCCGUUCCAGAAUGGGACAAGAAACUCAGUCGAUCUAUUUCACUGGCGCGAAGGCGAUCUUCCAACGGAUAUGGUUGCGACGACCCGGAAAAUCCUGCUAGAGAUUUUGAAGGAGAAGAAGUUGAGAGAGAUCCUUUCGAGGUGAAGUUUGAUGGUGGUGAUAGUGAUCCCAUGUGCCCGAGAAGUAUGGCUCAUGGGAGAAAGUGGUUGGUAGUUAUUAUUGUCAGCGCGAGUUCUUUUUGUGUUACCUGUGCGUCAUCAAUGUAUACCAGUACAUACGCCCAGAUAGAGGAAGAAUUCAAUUGCUCUCGAGAAGUCGCUACCCUUGGACUUUCUAUGUUUAUCCUUGGACUUGGUCUGGGACCCAUGCUGCUCGGACCUCUUUCUGAAUUCUAUGGUCGUCGUCCGAUAUAUCUUUGCUCCUUUUCUUUCUUCUUAAUAUGGCUUAUUCCUUCGGCUGUGGCGCAAAAUAUUCAGACGAUGCUCGUAGCGAGAUUCUUUGCUGGUCUUUCCGGAAGUGCCUUUCUGUCCGUUGCAGGAGGCACGGUGGGAGACUUAUUUAAUCGAGAACAACUCCAAGGUCCUAUGCUACUCUAUACAGCAUCGCCGUUCAUCGGUCCAUCAUUUGGUCCACUGAUCUCUGGAUUCAUUAACCAAUUUUCAUCAUGGCGUUGGACAUUCUACGUUCUGAUCAUCUGGUCAGCGUGCAACUUAACAUUGAUCUUUUCUCUUGUCCCAGAAACUUAUCAUCCGGUUGUCUUGAAGGCCAAAGCUCGUAAAAUUCGAAAGGAGACUGGCGAUGAUCGUUGGUUUGCACCUAAUGAGAGACUCAACAAGUCUAUUCCGAAGACCAUUGGUUAUUCCCUCCUCAGACCCGGUCAAUUGUUAAUUCUUGAGCCCAUGUGUCUCUGCCUUUGCAUAUUUUCUGCCAUCUUGCUUGGUAUCCUCUACUUAUUCUUUGGCGCCUUUCCUCUCGUCUUUGAGGGUAAUCACGGAUUCCAACAAUAUCAAGUUGGAUUGACUUUCCUAGGCUUGUUCAUCGGGAUGCUAAUCGCAGCGGCUACUGACCCUUUCUGGCAUAAGAACUAUGUAAGACUGAUCAAUCAGCGAGAAGAAAUGACGGGCGAAAUUGGUGGGUCCGAACCUGAAUAUCGCCUACCUCCAGCUAUUCUAGGAGCCUGUCUCGUUCCUAUCGGGUUAUUCCUCUUUGCGUGGACAACAUAUUCAUCUGUUCAUUGGGUUUUCCCAAUCAUUGGAUCUGGUAUUUUCGGAAUGGGAACCAUUCUUGUGUUUACUGGUAUCUUUACAUUCCUGGUCGAUGCAUAUCCAUUGUAUGCAGCCAGCGCUCUAGCAGCGAAUAGUUUCAUGAGAAGCAGUUUCGGAGCUAUCUUUCCGCUCUUUGGGAUCCAGAUGUAUCACAAGCUCGGCGAUCAAUGGGCAACCACUCUCCUGGCGUUUUUGACGCUGGUCAUGACGCCUUUCCCCUACCUCUUCUUUAAAUACGGGAAGACCAUCAGAGGACAUAGUCGUUUUGCUACCGCGUGAUGUGUCUCUUCAGCAAUACAUGCAACCGCAGUUAAUAUAAAAUAUGGACAUGGGCUCAUAACCAUUGGAGUUUUUGAUGAAGUACAGAAAGUUUUUCUAAAAAUUUCGAGCGAUUGGGCUAGUUGGUUAGUUUUGCAUUGCAUGGGUGAAUGGAGUUUUGGGAAAAAGGACGGAAGGGAGAAUCGGAGUUUGGUUUUUUUUUUCUUUUCUUCUUUUGUUAAUCUAAAAAGACGUUGCGAGUUAACGUUCACGUUGAAGUUGACAUUUACGUUUACGUCGUUGAUGGUUGCUUGGUUUAUGUUUACCUGUCUACCUAGGUAUCGAUCGAUAUUUAAGAGAUGGACGGAGCAUUUUUAUAAUUCAUGUACUAUAUACCCCCUUAUCAGUUUAUUUACCGGUAUUUGUUUGUUAUCUAUUUAUUUAUGGAUUAUUCAUUCAAAACACUAUCUAAGAGUUCUUUAACAAACGCCAAGAUGAGAAGUUGGAAUUGGAGAUGGAUGGAAAAUUUAGAUGUACCUAUCUAGUUCGGAUGGAGGAUUAAAAGGGAAUGAAUGAUAUGAUGUAGGUAGGUGGGUAAGUGGGUAGCUGGUUAUGGCUACAAAGCGCCAUUUCACUUUCUCUAAGCACGGAA